UCUUAAUAUCACAUAAACACAAAAGAUGACGUUAAAUGGGACACAUGAAUGGGUUUAAUCCAAGCACCUCGAAACUCGCGGCGGCUGUGCGUCGUAGCUCUCAAGAAGAGCUAACAAAAACCUAUCCCGGUGUUAAAAUAUUUUUUUUAUGCUAAAGUUUAACUGUGUUGUUGUAGCAGAACAAAAACUAUUUGGUUAUUUUUGCUACUCCUAUAUUGUUUUGUAUUUAAUAUUAAAUGAUAUAGGUGAUUUUACAGGGUGUUUUAUUUUAGUAUUAGUUUCCAGUCGUGUGAACUCUGGGAAUGGUACAAUUGGACAACAAUUUAUGGGCAGCUAGCUUGCUUAGCUUUUGUCAGAGCUUUGAUUGAAAUAUAUUGUAAUAAAUACGUUUUAAAUACUACAUUUCAUAUUAAAACUAUUUGACAAAAUGGAUAUUUUAAGAGACGAAGGAGUGCAUGAGUUGAAAUACAAACCCGGUGGUCGUUUGGACAUGAACCACGGCUUCCUUCACCAUAUCCGCAGGAACCAAAUUGCUAGAGAUGACUAUGAUAAAGAAGUAAAGCAGGCUAAAGAGCUUCAGCGGCGGAGGCACACAACAACCCCUAGAAAACCUCGUCGACCUGACAUCCAGGUGUACCAUCCGAGACAAAGGCAACCAGAAACUGGUGUUGAUCCCGACGAGUGGAACGAGAGUGGGUCGAGCACAGAGACUGAAAUCCACAAGACAGAACUCUUCUGGCUCGACUAUCAGGAGGACUCUGGAGUCAUCACCUCUUUCUUGGUGCACAAGGAGGAUAAGCCUGAGAAGGUGGUGGAGCGUGUUUCAGAGAAGAACGUCUUGGAUGCUGCAAUGAGAGCAGCUUUGGAGGUUCGAAUUCGAAAGGAAAUUGAAAAAAGACAAGACAACCGGUGAUGGGGAUCAACAAACAGCAGAUUUAAAAGACAAAGCUGUUAGAGUCACAGUUAUGUGCUCCUGCUUUUGUGUGGUUUGAGCACAACGAGGUUCCUGCUGUCAUUUACAGUGACACUUGGCAGAGGUGACAUGAAGACAAGCCAUGUGUUGGUUAAGAAGGAGAAGGAAAAGCACUUAUCACUCCAUUAGGUUUACAUGAAUAUCAAAUGAACAUGUUCUUGGUUUUAUUUGUUUACAAGCAUCUACUUUUUUGUACCAGAAAGUUAAAAAAAAGAAAAGAUUGUUGUCAUGGAGCACUGGUGCAUAAGCGAUGACCUGGUUCUGGAAAUGAGAAGUUUGUCUUGUUUAGUAGCGGCCACAGCAUUGUUUAGGUGGUAACUCUGUUUUGUAGUUUCCAGUUGUGUUAUUUAUUGAGUUGUGAAAAUAUUUUUUGAUACUAUGACACAUUUUGACAGCUGAAUUUUUUAAAUAAAAGAUUACAUUAGCUUAAAAGCCAUUUAUAGUUUUCCAAUAGAGUCAGGAUAAUGUUCCCUGUUAUUGACACACCCAGCCUUAGCUGUGACUGCAUUCAUUUUGUCAAGGUGACAUUUUUGGAGGAAACAUAAGCUCUGACUAAAGAAAUGUUCUGAGUUAAAUAAAUUUACAUGAAAUCCUCAGCAGGUGGCAGCAACUGUCAGUUUUAGAACUACCCUGCUUCUUCCACAUUGUUUUAAAACUAUUUCUAUAAUUGCUAGUCAAAUUUUUGAUCUCUAGGUCUUGGUUAAAGAAUACAUUUCCUUUUACUAGAAAUUGUAUAUAAAAUGUAGAGUAAAGGUGAUGGCUUUUUAGAUUGUUUCAAUCUAAAAAUCCACCUUUACUUUGACACCCCUUAAUAAAUCUUUUAACAAAUGUUAUUAUCUCAUUAUGAACCCAGAUGUUCUGUGAGGGAACUUUAGCAAAUCAACAGAAACAGGAGGGACAAAGAUUUUUCAUAUUUUAAGAUAUUUUUAAUCCUGCUCCUCAGGAAGGAUCUGCAACAACACCAAUCAUUCAUACAGAGCAACAAUGGAAUGAUUUAGCAAGGCAUGUGAAUGGCCCAGUCAAAGUCCAGAACUAAAUUCAAUUUAGAGCUUGUCAUACUAAAAAUUACUUUUCUGAUAUGCUACAUUCAAUGUGAAUAAAGUUGAGAUAUUUUAUAAAGAAAAACGGGCAAACAUUUCUGUCUAUUUUGCUUAUAGACAUAUUAUAAACAUGUCAGCUUUAAUGGCGGCGAAAGUUGGAUCUGCAAUGUUUUGACCGGGGAGUUAAAUGUGCAUACUACAGAUUUUUACUUGCAAAAGAAAACUGGACAACAAACCAUCCAUUGAUUGUACUUUGCCAAGCAAUAUGCACAAAUUAUGAACAUGCUACUGUGACACAACUCAGAGUGAUCAUGUUCAGCUCAAAGUUCAAAAAGUUAUUAACAGAUUUCCUUGUAUUUUACUGUCCACAUGUACAUUUUAACCAGAUCUAUGUGUGAACUUUAUCCCUAGAUGAACAGCGACAGUUGGGGUGAUAAUGUUUUCGCUCUGUUUGGACCUUUUGCACAGAAUGAUUUUGAUUUCCCAGAUCCAACAAGCUGAAACGAGUCGAGUACAUAAU